GGUACAGGACGGCGACUCCCUAUUAUCCUCGAUACACUCAAGGCCUACAAGAACGAUCUAGAAGCGACUAAAAACCUCAUGUCCGAGGAUGCCUGCCGAGCCUUGGAGAAGAUUCUCAAGGUUUGUGAUGAUAAAGCCGGAAAAUUGAAAAAAGAAAUAUUUGAAGGUACCAUGCCUGGUGAAAAGGAUAAGUGGGAGGAACGAUAUUUCAAGGUCGUUCGGAGACUCGGUAAAGGAAAUAUAGUUGAAGAUCUCAUGAUUGCGAUUACUGAAGAUGUACAACUCAUUAUCAACCAACAUGCAGUAAAUUCUGCCACACCAGAGCAAAGGAGAAUGCUUGAAAGUAUUGUCCACGAGAUGAAGUCUCUACCGCCUUCGAUGCCCGAGGAAGAAAGCUUGUCUAUGAGUUUUAGCAGGGGCGGAGGCAAGAUGACGAACUUGGUGCACACAGGCAGUGGGGAGCACCAAACUGCUACCGAUCACGCGACGAUGUAUAAUGCUAAAAAAAUGACUUUUGUAACCAAGGAAACGGAAGACUUCAACCUUCGAAAUGCUGCUGGCAUCUGUCACGGUCAAACGCCUUACCUCGAAUCUGAACUCUUCGUUGGCCGGGUCUUCGAGAUUAGUCAGAUGACAAAAGUUUUGCACCCAGGCGAAAAGCAUUUGGAGCAACGGCGUCUUGUUCUGGGCGGUAUCGGUUGUAUCGGCCAAACGCAGCUUGCCAUCGCCUACGCCAGGACUCAUAGUAAAAUUUAUGACCCUGUGCUCCGGCUGAAUACGGCAUCCGAGCUCAUUGAAUGA